UUGAUCCUUCAUGCAAUAUUUUCUCUCGUGUUUCCACCUAUCGUUCUCUUCAAUUUGUUAUUUUUCGUUAUAUGGUAUCAGAGUGUUCAGGUUCUUUGUUUUGUAUUUGAGUUUAAAUGCUUUGUGAAGAUGAAUGGUGGAAACAAUAUUUAUGUAGACAAGCUUGCUGGUGAUAAUUAUAGCUACUAGAGGCUAUGUAUGGAAGCUUUUCUUCAAGGACAAGAUUUGUGGGAUCUUGUUUCCAGUGACGAUUCAAUUCCAAAAUAUACUUUGGAGAAUGCUGAGACACGAAGGAAGUGGAAGGUCCAAUGUGACAAAACUUUAUUUGCUUUGCGAACUUCUAUAAGAAAGGAGUAUAUAAAGCAUGUUUAUGAUAGAGAAUUCUCCAAAGAAAGUUGGGACACACUCGAAAGGUUGUUCACUCAGAAAAACACAACUAGAUUGCAAUACUUGGAGAACAAACUUGCUAGAACGACUCGAGGUUGGGUAAAUCAACCUUCUAUAGUUGAGUUGGAAAAUUUGUUGUCAAAUCUAGAAGCACUGAUGAAACAAAUGCUUGGCAACAACAAGAAAUCUCAUCCCAAGGGCAGUCCAAGGGAAAAUUGCAGGGAUGUUUUAGGUGCAGCAAGCUGGGAGACAUCAAACCUGAUUGUCGGAUGAAGGUGGUGUGUCAUCGUUGUGGAAAAUCAAGUCAUAUUAGACCAAAUUAUCGUGUGGAUCUCAAAGAAGCAGAAGUAAAUGUUGUACAAGAAAGUAACAAAUUUGAGCAA